AACAAUUUAGUCCUCAAAAAGCUAUCUUCCCACUCCCCACUAUAAAUACUCCUCCCAUUUCUCCAUACCACCGCCUUGUCCACACCAAAAAAAACUGGCGUCGUCUCCACGCGACCAACACAAGCCCACACCCCACGAUCAAUAUAUAGAGAGAAAGUAAAAGUAUAGAGAGAGAAAAUGCAGUCUCUGCAACAGAAGGCGUCCGAGUGGAGCGGAGUCAACCCCAACGACGCCUUCUCCAUCGACACCACCAAUCUCUUUGACAAGCUAGGCCUCCAAACCUUCAUCAACCUCUCCACCAAUUUCUACAACAGGGUUUAUGAUGACGAAGAAGAGUGGUUUCGGUCAAUUUUUGCAAAUUCAAGGAAAGAAGACGCAAUUCAGAAUCAAUACGAGUUCUUUGUGCAGAGAAUGGGAGGUCCUCCUCUCUAUUCUGAGAGAAGAGGACAUCCUGCUCUAAUUGGACGUCACCGUCCAUUUCCUGUCACACAUCAAGCUGCGGAGAGGUGGUUGCAUCACAUGCAACAAGCAUUGGACAGCAUCACAGAUAUUGAUGAAGACUCGAAAACUAAAAUGAUGAAUUUUUUCAGGCACACUGCAUUCUUUCUCGUGGCUGGAAAUGAGUUGCAGAAUCAAAAUCAAGGGGUUCCUUGUAAGCAUGGAGCCAGCAAACCAGCUGCAGUGUAAAAUUUAACAGAAUCAACGAGAUAAUAUUGUUCGUAUAACCACCUUUUACAUCACAAUUAGUGUUAACAUGGAAUAUCUUCAUUGAGCCUUUUUAUCAAAUAAAUCCUGAAAAUUCCGAGUUC